UGCAGGCCGGGCCGGGCUGGAGAAGCAGCCGUGGAGGCAACCGCGGGAGCUGAGCUUACGGCGAGGGACCGGCUGAGGCGCGCGGGAGAGGAGGCGAGGGCUCCGUGGCGCUGUCGCUGCCGCUGCCGCCACCGCCGCCGCUCACUCGCGGGGGAAGAGAUGGCGGCGGAGCGGGGAGCCCAGCGAUUCCUCAGCACCUCCUCCUUCUGGCUCUGCUGCCUGCUGCUGCUGGGGCGCUGGGAGCCGGGCACCGCGGCCGCCAGGAGCGGCUCCCCGCCGCAGUCCUCAGGAAUCAGCAUUCGAACAUUCACUCCUUUUUAUUUCCUCCUGGAGCCAGUGGAUACCCUCUCAGUUCGUGGCUCUUCUGUUAUAUUAAACUGUUCAGCAUAUUCUGAGCCUUCUCCAAAAAUUGAAUGGAAAAAAGAUGGGACUUUUUUAAACUUAGCAUCAGAUGAUCGACGCCAGCUUCUUCCAGAUGGGUCUUUAUUUAUCAGCAGUGUGGUGCACUCCAAACACAAUAAACCUGAUGAAGGUUAUUACCAGUGUGUGGCCACUGUUGAGAGUCUUGGAACAAUUGUUAGCAGAACAGCCAAACUCACAGUAGCAGGUCUUCCAAGGUUUGCCAGCCAACCAGAAUCUUCUUCUGCUUAUGCUGGAAACAGCGCAGUUCUGAAUUGUGAAGUAAAUGCAGAUUUGGUUCCAUUUGUGAGGUGGGAACAGAACAGACAGCCUCUUCUUCUAGAUGACAGAAUUGUGAAACUUCCAAGUGGAACGCUGGUUAUCAGCAACGUGACGGAAGGAGAUGGGGGACUGUAUCGUUGUGUCAUUGAAAGCGGUGGGCCGCCAAAGUAUAGUGAUGAAGCUGAACUGAAAAUCCUUCCAGACCCCGAUGAUGGUACAUCAGACUUGAUGUUUUUGAAACAGCCAUCUUCCUUCGUCAGAGUUGUUGGUCAGAGUGCAGUGUUGCCGUGUGUUGCUACAGGACUUCCUGCUCCGACCAUUAGGUGGAUGAAAAAUGAGGAGACACUUGACACAGAAAGCUCUGAAAGAUUGAUAUUGCUGGCAGGGGGAAGCCUGGACAUCAGCGAUGUCAAUGAGGAUGAUGCUGGGACUUAUUUUUGUAUAGCUGAUAAUGGAAAUGAGACAAUCGAAGCUCAAGCAGAGCUUACAGUACAAGCUCAACCUGAAUUCCUGAAGCAACCUGCCAAUAUAUAUGCUCAUGAGUCUAUGGAUAUUAUAUUUGAAUGUGAAGUGACUGGGAAACCGACACCAACUGUGAAGUGGGUCAAGAAUGGAGAUAUGGUGAUUCCAAGCGAUUACUUUAAGAUUGUAAAGGAACAUAACCUUCAAGUUUUGGGUCUGGUGAAGUCAGAUGAAGGAUUCUAUCAAUGCAUUGCUGAGAAUGAUGUUGGAAAUGCACAAGCUGGAGCCCAGCUGAUAAUCCUUGAACAUGCACCAGCCUCAACAGGACCACUGCCUUCAGCUCCUCGGGAUGUCGUGGCCUCGCUGGUCUCUACCCGCUUCAUCAAAUUGACGUGGCGAACCCCGGCAUCCGAUCCUCAUGGAGACAACCUAACCUACUCUGUGUUCUACACCAAGGAAGGGAUCGCUAGGGAACGUGUUCAGAAUACCAGUCGCCCAGGAGAAAUGCAGGUUACCAUCCAAAACCUGAUGCCAGCAACUGUGUACAUCUUUAGAGUCACUGCUCAAAAUAAGCAUGGCUCUGGAGAGAGUUCAGCAUCACUGCGGGUAGAAACGCAGCCUGAGGUUCAGCUCCCUGGACCAGCACCUAAUAUCCGAGCAUCUGCAAGUUCACCCACUUCCAUCACGGUCACAUGGGAAACACCGUUAUCUGGCAAUGGGGAGAUUCAGAAUUACAAAUUGUACUACAUGGAGAAAGGGACUGACAAGGAACAGGAUGUUGAUGUUGCAAGUCACUCCUACACCAUCUAUGGGCUGAAAAAAUUUACUGAGUAUAGCUUCCGAGUGGUAGCCUACAAUAAGCAUGGUCCUGGAGUCUCCACAGAGGAUGUUGCUGUUCGAACAUUGUCAGAUGUUCCCAGUGCUGUUCCUCAGAAUCUGUCCUUAGAAGUGAGAAAUUCAAAGAGUAUUAUGAUUCACUGGCAGCCUCCCCCUCCAGCCGCACAAAAUGGGCAGAUUACAGGCUACAAAAUCCGUUACCGAAAGGCCUCUCGAAAGAGUGAUGUGACUGAAGCCCUGGUAACAGGGACACAGCUGUCUCAGCUGAUUGAAGGUCUUGAUCGUGGGACUGAAUAUAAUUUCCGUGUGGCUGCUCUGACGAUCAAUGGCACAGGCCCAGCUACUGACUGGCUGUCUGCUGAAACUUUCGAAAGUGACUUAGAUGAAACUCGUGUUCCUGAAGUGCCUAGUUCUCUUCAUGUCCGCCCGCUUGUCACUAGUAUCGUCGUAAGUUGGACUCCUCCAGAGAACCAGAACAUUGUGGUCAGAGGCUAUGCUAUUGGCUAUGGCAUUGGCAGCCCUCAUGCCCAGACCAUCAAAGUGGACUACAAACAGCGCUAUUACACCAUUGAAAAUCUGGAUCCCAGCUCUCACUAUGUGAUUACCCUCAAAGCAUUUAACAAUGUGGGCGAAGGCAUCCCGCUGUAUGAGAGUGCUGUGACCAGACCUCACACAGACACUUCUGAAGUUGAUUUAUUUGUUAUUAAUGCUCCAUACACUCCAGUGCCAGAUCCCACUCCCAUGAUGCCCCCAGUGGGAGUUCAGGCUUCCAUUCUGAGUCAUGACACCAUCAGGAUUACCUGGGCGGACAACUCACUGCCCAAACACCAGAAGAUUACAGACUCCCGGUACUACACAGUCCGCUGGAAAACCAAUAUUCCUGCAAACACGAAGUACAAGAAUGCAAAUGCAACAACUUUGAAUUAUUUGGUGACUGGUUUAAAACCAAAUACACUCUAUGAAUUCUCUGUGAUGGUGACCAAAGGUCGGCGAUCAAGCACAUGGAGUAUGACAGCCCAUGGAACCACCUUUGAAUUAGUUCCUACGUCUCCACCCAAGGAUGUAACCGUUGUGAGUAAAGAGGGAAAACCUAGAACUAUAAUUGUGAAUUGGCAGCCUCCCUCAGAAGCCAAUGGCAAAAUUACAGGUUACAUCAUCUAUUACAGUACAGAUGUCAACGCAGAGAUACAUGACUGGGUUAUUGAGCCUGUUGUGGGAAACAGACUGACUCACCAGAUACAAGAGUUAACGCUUGACACGCCAUACUACUUCAAAAUCCAAGCCCGGAACUCAAAGGGCAUGGGGCCCAUGUCCGAAGCCGUUCAAUUCCGAACACCCAAAGCGGACUCCUCUGAUAAAAUGCCUAAUGACCAAGCCUCAGGGUCUUCAGGAAAAGGAAGCCGGCUGCCAGACCUAGGAUCUGACUACAAACCUCCAAUGAGCGGCAGUAACAGUCCUCAGGGAAGCCCCACGUCUCCUCUGGACAGCAGUAUGUUGCUGGUCAUCAUCGUGUCUAUUGGCGUCAUCACCAUCGUGGCGGUGGUCAUCAUUGCUGUCUUCUGCACCAGGCGCACCACCUCCCACCAGAAAAAAAAACGAGCUGCCUGCAAAUCAGUGAAUGGCUCCCACAAAUACAAAGGGAAUUCCAAAGAUGUCAAACCCCCAGACCUCUGGAUCCAUCAUGAAAGACUGGAACUGAAGCCUAUCGAUAAGUCUCCAGACCCGAACCCCAUCAUGACUGAUACUCCAAUCCCUCGCAACUCUCAAGACAUCACGCCAGUUGACAAUUCCAUGGACAGCAAUAUCCAUCAAAGGAGGAAUUCAUACAGAGGGCAUGAAUCAGAGGACAGCAUGUCUACACUGGCUGGAAGGCGAGGAAUGAGACCAAAAAUGAUGAUGCCUUUUGACUCCCAACCACCACAGCCUGUAAUUAGUGCCCAUCCCAUCCAUUCCCUCGAUAACCCUCACCGCCAUUUCCACUCCAGCAGCCUCGCUUCUCCAGCUCGCGGUCAUCUCUACCACCCGGGCAGCCCCUGGCCCGUUGGCACAUCCAUGUCCCUUUCAGACAGGGCCAAUUCCACAGAAUCUGUUAGAAAUACGCCCAGCACUGACACCAUGCCAGCCUCCUCAUCUCAGACAUGCUGUAGUGAUCAUCAGGACCCUGAAGGUACUACCAACUCGUCUUACUUGGCCAGCUCUCAAGAGGAAGACUCAGGCCAGAGUCUCCCUACAGCGCAUGUCCGCCCUUCCCACCCACUGAAGAGCUUUGCUGUGCCGGCAAUCCCGCCCCCGGGACCUCCCACCUAUGAUCCCGCAUUACCAAGCACACCAUUGCUGUCCCAGCAAGCUCUGAACCACCACAUCCACGCAGUGAAGACCGCCUCCAUUGGGACACUAGGAAGGAGCCGGCCGCCUAUGCCUGUGGUCGUUCCUAGUGCUCCAGAUGUGCAGGAGACCACGAGGAUGCUGGAAGACUCCGAGAGUAGCUACGAACCAGAUGAGCUGACCAAAGAGAUGGCCCACCUGGAAGGACUCAUGAAGGAUCUAAACGCCAUCACGACAGCGUGACAACCUUCACCAGGACAUGGCUCCAAGCCUGAGUCUUCGAGUCCUGGGACUUAGCCUUGAAAAGCAAGGAGUUGUACAGAGUAAGAGAGGACAGAGAAUGAGCAGAGAAGCCAGCGCCCCCGGCGGGGCUCGCUCCAGGCAUGGCCACCUGCCUUCUCCUGACCAGCCCGGAAGAAGCCUGUGUCGGGGCCACUUCCCUUUGCCUGCUGAGACCCUGCAGGACUGGGCACCAAGGGCCAAAAUUUUGUGUCCAGGGAAGAGGCGAGACGUGCAACCUACAUUUCACUUUGUGGUCAGGCUGCGUCUUCAUGCUGCAACGGCAUCGCCUUUAUGGAGUGUAGACAUUGGCGUUUAUGUACAACUUGAUUUGUGUCCUGUUUUAUUUUACCUUUAAAACAAACACUAUCAAAAACCGAGGAAGUCCGUGGUGGUCUCCACAGGUGGUUGACAGCUGGCUACUUGUCUGAGCUCUGUGUGGAAAGUCACUGACAGUGUGGGUUGCUCAAGGGUUGGCUUGUGUUUUCUGUUGAUUUGUUUUGUUUUAAUUUUUGUUUGAUUUUUAAUUGAGUCGUUGCCUCCUCUGCCGGCUGUUAAUCCAUCACUUUCAGGGGGAGGAAAUGUUGCAAUGCUGUUUGUACGCUUUUGUUAUUAUUUUUUUAUGAUAAUUAUUAAAGGCCUGACUUUUCUCCUCUCAUCACUGUGAGAUUACAGAUCUAUUUGGAUGAAAUGUAACCUUG